AUGCCUUCGUUAGAGUCUCUGCAACUAGAGGAAAUCGAGUAUCUCCGAUGGAGAGGUUGCUUUACCUUGCUUCCCCAACCACUCCAAGAAGCCCUGAUCAAAGCUUAUGUUCAUCAUUGUCAUUCUUUCGAGUCAGUCCUUGAUCCUCAAGAAUUGUUCGAUGCCUAUAGUAAAGGCCAAUUUAGCUUACUACUUCUCUGGGCAGCUAUCAUAGCUCUUUACAGACCAUUUCUCCACGAAAUACCAGACGGAGUUCCAGAUGAUGAACAGGACUCUUGGAAAGCGCUUGCAAAAAGAAAGAUUUGGACUGCAGCCGCUCAUGCGACCCAUGCCAUUAAUUCUAUGUUGGCAGAAGAUCUGAUCAAGUUAGCCCAAACGAUUGCGGUACUCACUAUCAGCCAACCGAUUCAAGUCCAUUUACUGGAAAUGGCAUUAUCCAAGUCGUCGUCUGGAAAACUGGCAAAGCAUAAAUUGGCCCUGUGCUUGCUAACUCUAGAUGAGAUGCGAAAAUACUAUGUAUCGGCAGAUGCAGCGUACAAGCUAUUUGACCACGCGAGGAUGAUGGUGGAGAAGUCACUGCGAAACGAUGAUAUAGAUUCACAAGGUUCCGCACCCGCAGCUGACUGCUUUCAAGAACCGCAAGGAAUUGAGACAUCAGAAUGGCUCGACAACUUUGCCUCUAUGGGCUACGAAGUUGCAUCUGUGGGGUUGUUCUCUGCUUUAUGGAUACCAUUUGCAAAUCUCACACCAGACGAGUCUUUAGAUGGUUCGUCUUAA